ACAUAACGUGUGGAAAUUACGUUUCACAAUAAAAACAUGCUUGUCCGAAAAAAUGACUGAAAUUAAAGAAAGCACCACACUAUUUGUGCGGAAUAUACCAUUCCAUUUCACAAAAGAUAAACUAGAAGAUAAAUUUUCAGAAUUUGGUCCAAUCAAGCAGUGUUUCAUUGUGAAUGACAAAGUUUCUGGAAGAAGCAGAGGGUUUGGUUAUGUCAAGUUUACAUUACUAGAAGAUGCAAAGAAAGCACAGGAGAGUGAUUUAAGUUUAGAGGGACGGAAGGUAUCGGUAGACUAUGCAGACAUUUCAAAGAAGGUCAAGAAAACACCAAGAAAACCAAAAAUAAAAAAAGAAACAGAAAAUCAUGACAGUAAUGUGCAUGAUGACAGUGAUCAUGAUACAAAAGAUAUUGUUGUAAAGGAAGAAAAAGAAAGUGAUGAUGAAAAAGUGAAGGAGAAGGCAAAAAAUAGUCAGAACCUGAAAUACCACAAGGCAAAAAUAGUGUCUGUGACAGGGCUGCCUCACAGUGUAACAGAUGGAGAACUUAAUAACUUUGUAAACAAAAUUGGUGUGAAACAUGUUGCUGAAUGUAAGCUGUUGACUGGUGGCAAGGAGGCACAUCUCAAGUUUAAAUGUAUCAGAGAUGCCAAACGAGCUAUUAGAAAAUUACACAAUCAUGCUUACAAAGACAGUAUGUUACAAGCUGUUCAGAUGUCUCAGGAUGUGACAGGUCAACCUCAGAAUGUACUGAAGAAAUCCAGAGUUAUUGUCAGAAAUCUUGCAUUUCAGUGUAAUGAAGAACAGUUACAAAAGGCAUUCAGCCAUUGUGGAGAAAUAACAGAAGUGAAAAUUCCAUCCAAUCAAGCUGGGAAGAAAUUAGGAUUUGGAUUUGUGCAAUUUACAAGAUUACCUGAAGCUAAGAAAGCUGUAGAAGAAAUGAACACAAAGAAAAUACUAGGUAGACCUGUUGCAGUAGACUGGGCACUACCAAAAGCUAGAUAUGAAAAUACACAGCAACAGAAUGAGGAAAAGUCAGAAGAUGAAGGAUCAUCGAGCAGUGAUGAUUCGCUGUCUAAUGAUCAAAAGGAAACACACGUUAAACCAGCACAGUUGAAGAAAGAAAAACUCAGUGAUGAAGAAGUUGGUGAUGUGUCAAGUGAUGAUGAUGAUGAUAGUGAUGAUCAUGAAUCUAGUGAUGAAGAUGAUGUUGGUGACAACAGUGAUGAAGAGAUGGACUCUGACAAAGAAGUUGACUCUGACAGUGAUGAUGAUGGGGAUGAUGAUAGUGACAGUGAUGAUGAAAAUGUAAAACAGAUGGACAAUAAAAAUGUUAAGAAGAAAUCCAAGGAAAAAGUGCCACGAAAAAGUGACACAGAUGAUGGCUGCACUCUAUUCCUUAGGAAUCUGUCAUUUGAUACAACAGAAGAAGGGUUAGAAGAGCACUUCAGUCAGUAUGGAGAACUGAAAUAUGCAAAAGUUGUGUAUAACCAUGAAACAGAACAUUCUAAAGGGAUUGGGUUUGUACGGUAUACAUCAAAGGAGUCAGCUGAUCGGUGUUUUAAUGAUGCAAAAGAAGGCAAGAUCUCACUGGAUGGCAGACAGUUAAUGGUGUCUGUUGCAGUGUCUAGAGAAAAGGCAGCUGACUUCACUGAGAAGAAAGCAAAGGAGAAAAAAGAUAAUAGAAAUCUGUACCUGGCUAGAGAAGGAAUGGUGAGACCAGGCACACAGGCAGCAGAAGGAUUGGCAAAGAUUGAUUUAGAUAAGAGAGUGAAGGUUGAGGCCUUGAAGAGACAGAAGUUAAAGAAUUUGGAUAUUUUCAUAUCUCCUCUACGUCUCUGUGUAAGAAAUAUACCAGUCAAUGUGGAUGACAAAAAGCUACGGGAAGUAUUUAAAACAGCUGCUGGAGAUAAACAAGCCAGAAUAAAUGAGUGUCGAAUCAUGCGUGACCGUGCUCGCACCAAUGCAGAAGGGUUAGGAAAGUCAAAGAGUUACGGAUUUGUCAGUUUUAGUGACCAUCAGCACGCUCUAGCAGCUCUAAGACAUACAAAUAAUAAUCCAGACAUAUUUGGAGAUAAAAGGCGACUUAUUGUGGAGUUCUCUUUAGAGAACAGAAAAGCAUUACAAGCAAAAGAAAAAAGGAAAGCCAAAGUAAAGUCCAAAAUGAUAAAGAAAGGACAAACAGCAGAGGGAAAAGCUAAAAUAAAGCAGACGGCAAAGUCUCCAGUUAUACCACUGAUUCAGCUAAGUGAGAAAGACAAGAAGUUGAAAGGAGACAAAGUACAGAAAGGUCUGCCUUCACAUUGGGGCCCGAAGAUUCGACACAAACCACGGCCAGCACAGACCAGCCAGGGCAAGAAAGCACAGAACAAGCAACAACUGCAGAAGGGAAAAGAUGCACAGAAAAGAAAACAGCCUGCACAGCAGUCAGAGGGCCCUGCACAGAAGAAGCAGAAGAAAGGAAAACAAAAAGAGUCAUACGACGACUUUGACAAAAUAGUUAGCAAAUAUAAGAAUAAACUGAUUGGAAAGAAAGAGAAAGGCAAAUGGUUUGAAUGAAUAGGUGAAGGUUGUUCUAAGGGCAUGUUGAUCCAGUGUGAGAAAGAUGUAAUGCGAGGUUUCUGUAUUUAUUACAUGGAACUUUUUUUUGUUGGACUUUGUCAUGGUCUGGUACCAGAUAGUGCGACUGUGUACAAGUGUAAUAUGGAGGAAAAUGGAACAUAGGUCGAGUACAUGUGGCUGCCAGACAAAAAGUGAAUGAAAAGAAUUGAAACCACUUUCUUGAACAUAGGAGGCAACUCACAGGGUUAACCCUUGGUUUUGCUGUAUCUUUGAUUCCAGAAUGUAUAAAAGCUUCAAUUCCAUCAUAAUUUUAUUUUGGUAUAGAUGAAAUGUUAAACUUUAUUCUUUAAUUCUGUUGGCACCAUACUGUACUGUGUUGGUGCCCUGUAAAACCGAAAUCAUAUACAUACUUCAGGUCUUAAAGUUCAGAGAGACCAUACUGUCAUAUUAAAAUGGGGCAAUUACAAAAUAUUUUAUGGCAAGAAAAUAUACUUUUCUAUUUGCGAUCUUUCUCUAUAUAAUGGACAUUGUUUUGUAUUUUCAAAUGAAUUAAACAGAAAAUUGUGAAAAUGUCAUAAAAUGUUUUUUAACCUUUAAAUUAUGUAUUUUCUGUUUAUCUUGAACGAAAUUAUUUAUUUGUGAACUAGGGCUGAAACAGGAGGUAAAAAAGCAUCAGUUCCAGGGUCAAUCCAUUUUACAAAAUUCAUUAUCUAUUAUACAAAUUAAAAUUUUUUAAGAAACACAAGUGGUAAUACAGUUUAUUUAACUCGUUUAUUUAUAUAAAUUGUAGAUGUAAGUAAGGCGACGUGGACAUUAACUAUAUUUGGAGACAGCAUGCCCUCAUGCUUCAUUGAUCAAAAUAAUACAUAAUCCAGAAGAUUUCACUAGAAUAUUUUGUAUCAGUUAAGAUAAAGUUCAUCAUAAAUUAAUGCUUCAUUUAAAAAAAAAAAAAAAAAAAAAAAAAAAGCUUUUAAUAUUAAGGUCCUACCUUUUAAAUAUUCUUUGACUAGUGGGUCGUCAAGACUUUCUUUUGUAUGUUUGAACAUCGUACGCAUCCUUGCAGAUGAUGUAAUAGUUCCUCUGUAACUUCAUUGGUACCACAUAAUUUACAUCUUGUCUUCUGUUUCUCUGGAUGUGUUGCUACUUGCAAACAUGACUUGACUUUAAAGGUCUGCCAUAUGCUUCUAACCAAUCAUUAUAAAGUAUCAGGGCGUUUUGAUAUAUUUCUACAUCUGCAUUGAUACUUCAUGGGAAAUUGGCCUACAAGUACCCAGGACCAGAUUUUUUUACUUGUGUCAGCCCUAGUGUAAACAACUUAAUACUUUGAUUUUGACAUUAAUUUAUAAAGUAAUAAUUUAUGUAUAUAAAAUGUGGUCAAGGUGUUAUAUUUAUGAUUUCAUCAGAAAUCUAUACUGAAAGAAAGUCUGUCCAAGAACUGGACAAAUAAUGUUUGUUUUAAAAUAUUGUAGAUUAUUUGUCUUUUUAAAAAUGUUGUUGAUUAAGUAUUUUGAAAAUGUUGUAGAUUGAUUAUUAAUGUUACAAGUUCAUAUUUCUGCGAAAUGCUGAAGGUGGAAGUCCACUUUUGUUCACAAUUUUAUCCUAUGGUCAGUUAUGAAGUUUUCAACUUGCAAGAAAUAUUUUCUGACAAGGAUAGGGUAUUACUGAUAGCUUGUUUCCUCAGAUAUGCCCCCCGUUUCGCUAUCCAGCAUUGAAAAUCGAGCACAUUGUCUCCACUAAUGGCUGUGAUGACAAAAUAAAAAUAUGUUGUUAUUGAUGAAAUUGAGGCCUCUGUACUCAGAGAAAUGUGUUAGACGAACAGCUAUAAUUAACUUUUUGGAAAAACGUUUCUGAAAAACAAAAGUUCUUUACAAAGUAUCUGCAAAGUUUUCACAACAAAGAUGUUUGAAUAAUUAUAAACAUUAUACCAAUAAAAAUUCACAAAGAAAAA